CUCUCAACUGGCGAGUUCUAGAUCUCUCAUUUUGGCGUCAUAUACGUGAGCGGGUGAUGCCUGCCUGACUGGUUCCAACCCUCCCUCAUCGUUCUUUGGAUGUCAAGUUUUCUGGGUCUUUCUAAACGGAUCCUGUCAGUGUCCUAAAUGGGCUUUGAAAGGGGAAAACGAACUCCCACGGAGGACGGGCUUGGGCUCCUGCGCAUGCGCAGACCCGAGCGAGGCCGCGGCGUCACCCGAGCGUGGGGGGCGCGCACGCGCACGGCGCGCUGGUGCGGCCGUACCGGGAGGUGCCUGUAGCAUGUCAGCCCCGUUUGAGGAGCGCAGUGGGGUGGUUCCGUGCGCGACGCCGUGGGGCCAGUGGUACCAAACCUUGGAGGAGGUGUUCAUUGAAGUUCAAGUGCCGCCGGGCACCCGCGCCCAGGAUAUCCAGUGCGGGCUGCAGAGCCGGCACGUUGCGCUGGCCGUGGGCGGCCGCGACAUCCUGAAGGGCAAACUCUUUGAUUCUACAAUAGCUGAUGAGGGAACAUGGACUUUGGAGGAUAGGAAAAUGGUCCGCAUUGUUCUUACAAAGACAAAGAGAGAUGCAGCAAAUUGCUGGACUUCCCUUCUGGAAUCUGAAUAUGCAGCUGACCCUUGGGUACAAGACCAAAUGCAGAGAAAGCUAACGUUAGAGAGAUUCCAGAAAGAAUAUGUCAUGGGUCUCUUUCCCUUCUACGGCAUACAG